GUUCGAUAAGGCAGGAUCGACUACGCCAUAUUUAACAGCUAGUCAAAAGAUCAGUUCCGUUUCUUAUCGGAACUCAAGUUAUGCGUAAAUAAGGGAAUUAAUCGCACGGUUUGCCGAAGAAUACGUAAAGAACGUCUUACGUGGUGUUUCCCGCAUCCGUCCGUUGAGCGAAAUCAUGAAAAUCAUCUGCUAGUACUUGCGCAAUUUCUGGAAUCUCACUGUCUCGAGCGUUCUGUCGUCUGACAAAUUUUUGAGCCGUGCCGAUUAAUGCUCUGUACAUUCUGAACUGGAGAUCUGUGUGCAAACAGAUAAUGAGUACGGCAAAGCAACAGCCUGGGCCCUCAAAGCCCUCGGGAUCGGCAUCUGACGAGAAAGAAGGUGAUGACCGUAUGUUCGAAUGCCAUAUUUGCCUUGAUACUGCGAAAGAUGCAGUUGUCAGUAUGUGUGGCCAUUUAUUCUGUUGGCCAUGUCUUCAUCAGUGGCUAGAGACUCGGCCGGUGCGGCAAGUGUGUCCUGUGUGCAAAGCGGCUAUCAGCAAAGAAAAGGUCAUUCCAUUGUACGGUCGAGGCGCUACGAAACAAGAAGACCCAAGAAAUAACGUUCCACCACGUCCAGCUGGACAACGGUCAGAACCUGAAUCUAAUGUAGGAUUUCCCGGAUUUGGCUUCAACGAUGGUGGGUUUCAUAUGUCCUUUGGAAUCGGAGCCUUCCCUUUUGGAUUUUUUACUUCAACAUUCAAUUUUGGAGAAACACGACCGAGUGCAGCUCCUCGUGGUACACCACAAUAUGAAUCGGACCAAUUCCUUUCGAAGAUCUUCUUUUUCCUAGCUGUGGCGUUCAUACUCGGAAUAAUGCUGGACUAAUAAUACUGAUAUAAAAUCUUUCGGAUUGUAUCACUGAAGGAGAACUCUGGCCCGCUGCACCUUUAUGAAUACAUUCACAUGUCAUUCUUGUACGAUAUCAAUGAAUUUCAUUCACAAUUGUUAUAAAUGUUAACACGUAUCAGGAUAAUUGCUCCACAAUUUUGGAACAUCUAUUCAUCUCAUUACUAGCAAAAUUUUAUGUUUUGACUUUGAUUUCACAGAAAAUAAGACAAUAGUUUAAUGUUUUAUUUAAACAUUGAGUUAUGGAAUAGAUCAAAUCUUUCUCAUUGUAACUAAUUGAAAUUGAAUUUCCUGUCUCUUAUAAUAAUGAUUGGUACACAUUUUUGUUACUACGUUUUCCUAAAUGCUGUAUAGUUAUUCAUUAUCCCAUCGCUGUACCUAUAUUUACAAUACUUAUUUUCAUUUUUAUUAAUUGGGCCACGUUAACAAACUGAAUUUGUGUAUAAAUAUAUACACAGUAAUGUAUAUAUACAUAAAUAUGUGGUAUGUGCCCGAAUUGUGUCGAGGUUUACAAAGGAUUGACUAUCAUGUAUUAAGAUACCUAUGGAUAUAUAUAUAUCCACAUGUUAAGAAAUUUAAAUUAUUAUAAUGUCACUGCAAACCACGAAUAGUCUCCUCGAAUCAUACAUAUAUUUUUUUUAUUUAUCGGAGUAUAUAUAUAUAAUAGGUUUGGAAUGUAUAUAUAUUAAAUAGUUUGUAAGAUAGUUUAUAAAUAUAAUCAAUUUAAUUUCAUCGAUGUAAGCACGCGUGUACGUGGCCAGAGGUGCAGAAUGUAACAUAGUAUAGAUAUGGAUAAGGUAAUCAAAACUUGUGCAAUGAGUACGUCAUUGUAGCAUUCGUCUUGUUACAUUCAGAAUUUUAUAUGCAUCAACUUUGAUCGACUCAAUAUCGAAGUGCUUCUAUAAAAGAAAACCCCAUGCUUUCUGUACAGAUAAUCCAAAAUUUAACGAUUCAAUGUGUAGAAACUUACUAAGGAGAACACGAAAACCACAUUUUUAAAGAUUUCUGGGACACUUCUACUCGUAUAAGAUGAACGAGACUGCUUUCCGAUCACGAAUUUGCCAUGGAAAACAUUUUCAAGGUUGAGAAUUGUAACAUCGACAGCUGCAUCGUUACCGUAAUAAACUGCAUUUAAUAA